GUUACUGACUAAGUGAGUUGCCAUAUGCAAAAAAUGCCAACCUUGGAUGACAUUCUUGAGCAUAUUGGGGAAUUUGACUUGUACCAGAAGCGAGCCUUUUUUUUCUUAUGCCUGUUGUCUGCCACCUUCACCCCUAUUUAUGUGGGUGUCGUCUUCCUGGGGUUCACUCCUGAGCACCGCUGUCUCAGUCCUGGUGCUGCUGAGCUGAGCAGCAGAUGUGGCUGGAGUCUGGAAGAGGAGCUGAAUCUCACAGUUCCAGAACAGGGGAGACCUGGGGAGUCUCUCUCUAGUCAGUGCAGGAGAUACGACGUGGACUGGAACACGACGGGCCUCAGCUGCACCAACCCCUUAGAGAACUUCACUGGUUAUGGCAACAGGAGCAGCAUCCCGCUCGUCCCCUGUCAAGAUGGCUGGGUUUACGAUUCUUCAGGAUCAUCCAUUGUGACUGAGUUUAACUUAGUGUGUGAGGACUCCUGGAAGCUGGAUCUCUUUCAGUCUUGUGUGAACGUUGGAUUUUUUAUUGGCUCCAUAAGCAUCGGCUACAUAGCAGACAGGUUUGGUCGCAAAUUAUGCCUGUUAAUUACAAUCCUUGUCAAUUCCAUUUCUGGAGUUCUCAUGGCCUUUGCACCAAGCUACACAUGGAUGCUGAUCUAUCGUUUCAUACAAGGACUGGUCAGCAAGGGGGCCUGGUUAACCGGCUACAUAUUAAUCACAGAAUUUGUUGGCUUAAGCUAUAGAAGGACAGUAGGAAUUGUUUACCAAGUAGCAUUUACUGUUGGACUCCUUGUACUCUCUGCUAUUGCUUAUUUGGUUCCUCACUGGAGAUGGCUGCAACUCGCUGUUACCCUGCCAAAUUUCUUCUUCUUGCUCUAUUACUGGUGUCUGCCAGAGUCACCCAGGUGGCUGAUAACUCAACAGAAAAAUGACAAAGCCAUGAAAAUUAUUAACCGUAUUGCCAAAGGAAAUGGGAAAAAGGUGCCUCCCUUUUUACAGAAUCUCAGCCCUGAAGAGGAAAAUGGAGAAAAGAUGACCCCUUCAUUUCUAGACCUGGUCAGAACACCUCAGAUAAGGAAACAUACACUCAUUUUGAUGUACACAUGGUUCACAAGCUCUGUUCUGUACCAGGGGCUCAUCAUGCACAUGGGGAUUGCUGGUGGAAACAUCUACCUGGAUUUCUUCUAUUCUGCACUGGUUGAAUUCCCAGCUGCCCUCAUACUUAUACUCACAAUCGAGCGCAUCGGCCGUCGCUAUCCUUGGGCUGUAGCAAAUCUGGUGGCAGGAGCAGCCUGCCUUAUUACAGCUUUUGUCCCAGACUCUAUCUACUGGCUAAAAAUUACUACAGCUUGCUUGGGCAGAAUGGGAAUUACCAUGACCUAUGAAAUGGUUUGCCUAGUAAAUGCAGAAUUGUACCCAACCUUUCUCAGGAACUUGGGAGUACUUGUCUGCUCUUCCAUGUCUGAUAUUGGUGGGAUCAUAGCUCCAUUCAUUGUCUACAGACUGGCAGAGGUCUGGCACGAACUGCCACUUGUAGUUUUUGGUGUGGUAGGUUUAAUUGAUGGAGGACUGGUGCUGCUCCUACCUGAAACCAAAGGAAAAACUUUACCUGAGACCAUAGAAGAUGCUGAAAACAUGCACAGACAAACCAAGCGCAAAAAAGAGGUGGUUUACCUGCAUGUUCUAACAACAGAAGUUGCACCUAAUUAAGUUAAAGAGCUGCUUCUCCCUGGGCCUGCCUUUGAUGACACAGACUGAACAGAACAUUUAUAGGACACAAACCAUCUACUGUCAUAAUUCCUUUAUUCAGCUCUAACACGUGCUACACAGCCUUAGAGCAACCUACCAUUGGUUACCAUCCACAGUGCUGCGCCGCUGACCCACACCAGUUAUCCACUGCUGAUCAUUGCUAGUAGCUGUGCAGAGCACUUAAGCCUUGUCUACACUAUCACUUACGUUGGCAAAAUUUAUUUAACUCAAGGAUGUGAAAAAAUACAUCCCUUCCCCAGAGUGACAAAUUUCACCAACAUAAAUAGCAGUCUGGAAUCUCCCAAUGACAGCUACUGUUUCUCAUGAGAUGGCUGUGUUAUGACAACGAGAGCAUUCUCUCCCACCUUCGCUAGUGUCGAGGUGGCCUGAGGGUUUCCAGAGGCCUUUUGUAGGACAGCUAUUACAAAAAUAAAUGGACCUCCGAGUGCUGCAUGGUAUCUUCAAGGGUUUAUUGGAUAUAAACUCCACCAGGAUCAACUAAGCAGAAAAUACAAAAAUUGGAGGGAAAAUGGGAAUUCACAGAACCAAAGGGUAAACAGAGCAGAGAAGGGGCAGCAGCACAGCUGGUGAGUCAUUACUGACCAGUGUCAAGGUGUCUGGUUCAGGAAAGGAGACAGGCUACUCAAACACCAAGUGGGGAUGGACAGAUGGGACAAAGAAGCUGCUCCCAUUGUAUUAGAGUAAGUCCGUAAUCAUCUAGCCUCAUUACUUGCCUCAUAUUUCUUUUCCACAUAUCCCUACCCUAGAAGUACAACAGAGGAGCUGUAACAUCAGGAAGGAGAUGGAUCACAAAGGAUCUGUGUUGUUGUUUUUUAAGUAUCGAGAAGUUGCAGAAUCCCGGCAGGAGGGCUUCUGAGCCCGAAGGAUCCCCCCCAGGCCCUUGUUCUGUGAAACCAGAUGUAGUUCCCCUUCUAUACACUGCUCUGAUCCCAUCCAUUCUCUCACAUGUAAUUUCAUCAAUGGCUUUGUGUUUCUCUUCUGUUUGCUCCCAACUCUGAGACCCAAUUCAGGCCCAAAGGAAGGGAUGUGUGCUGGUGAGGAAUGGUCUGAUGACUCUUCAGGCAGAAACAAGGGUUCUUCUCCCACCCUGUGGGAGGGAGCUUCCUCUUUUCCAGGGAAAAAGAAAUCUCUCAUUACAAAAGUUUGAGCAAGCGAGCCCUUCUCCCCCCACAGCACAUCCAUAUGAAAAGGAUUUAAAACAGCCCAUGUCAAAAACAAAUAGAAAGUUUACACAAAUGCAAGGAGAGUCUUUAGAAGCCAACUAAGGUUUUUACUGGUGUUGUCCAUGGGACCAGAGUACACCAUGAUGCUAGGGACAUCACUGCCUCUAGACAUGGAGAAUCCCCACUUUGAAGCAGACCAUCCUGUCUGCAUGGUAGGUAACGGGUUUUAAGCCUAUCAUUCGGAUCCAUGCCACCCCCACCUAUCAAACCCCAGUUCUCCUGCCGCAGUUAGUUCAUAUUCAUAUCGUACAUCACUAGACACAAGCAUCCAGCACUUAGCUACAGGAUAAUCAUCAGCUGUAGAUGUCGACUUCUUUGACUCUUUGCAGGGCCUGCCCACAGAUGCAAUCACACAGCCUUGCCGCCUGGCUGCAUUACACAAGCAGGUUUAUUUCAUGUACAGGAUUUCCCUGCAACACAUGACACACAGGUGGGCAAGGUUUGCUUACCUUCCCUUACGGGUAAGUCUGUGCUGAAAUGGUCCAUGACCUUGGCACUGGGUCUCAUCAGGAGCAUCCAGACACCCAAGUCUGAAGUGGAUUGAGUCUGAACUUCUCCCUUGCAUUAGGUCAGGAGAGGAAAUCCAGACGGAGUCUGGAACUGGCUUACUCCUUUCUUUUAGAAGACACUCAGGGAAGGGGCCUGGCACUUCAUUCCCUACCUGGCCCACAGGGCAACAUGAAAACCAAGAGAUGAGUGACAAAUUGCUCUGCCUUCUUCUUUAGGAGGGGAAAUGAAAACGCUUGGCCUCUGCUGCCCCCUAGUGCUAGAUAACCCGGAGAAGAAUCCACACCAGAGCAGGGGUAGACCAUUUUUUGAUGAG